AUGGCCCUCAACGGCUCAAAUGGCGUCCAUAGCAGUGUGACUCGUCCUCUCCAACCUGGUAUCUUCGCUCCAAUCCCGACCUUCUUCUUUCCAGACACUGAGGACCUAGAUAUCGCGUCUUUUGAGAGUCAUAUCGUCCGACUCGCACAGGCAAAUGUUGGCCCACUGCUAGCAGGAUCUAUGGGCGAGGCAUUGCACCUCUCACAUGAGGAGAGGAAGACACUCAUCAAGGCAGCGCGUGGUGCUUUGGACGCGGCAGGAUUCACACACGUUCCUAUUAUUGCUGGGACAGGGGCCGGCAGCACCCGCGAGACGAUACAGCUGAACAAGGAGGCUGCAGACGCCGGAGCUGAUUAUGCCAUCGUGAUCACCAGCGGAUACUUCGCUGGAGUCCUUGCGAGUAAUAGGAAAGCCCUCAAAGAUUUUUACGCGGAAGUCUCGGAGAAGAGCCCUAUCUCCAUCAUCAUCUACAACUAUCCUGGAGCGAGUGGAGGUAUUGAUUUGGAUUCUGAUCUCAUUACGGAGAUCGCUACCGACUGCCCGAACACAUGCGGGGUCAAACUCACUUGCGGAAGCGUCGGUAAGCUCACGCGGAUUUGUGCAACCGUGUCCGAUCCCUCCUUUGCGUCCGCCCACCCGCGAAGGAAUGCGGCCGCGCCCUUUCUGGUAUUGGGCGGGUUUACGGACUUCAUUGUUGCUUCGACGUUCGCCAAUGGACAUGGAGCCAUUACCGGCCUUGCGAACGUGGCACCUUAUGCCGUCGCCAAGCUCUUCGAAGUCUCAGUGUUAGCUUUCAAGGACCCUUCUUUCCUGGCUGAGGCACAACGUCUUCAAGGCGUUAUCGCUUGUGCCGAUUUCACUAUCGCGAAAGCAUCAAUCUCGGGGACAAAGUACCUCUUGGAGAAACUCUACGGCUAUGGCGGUCUUCCACGAAGGCCGUUGCCGCCGAUCGAGCCUAAAGCGGCUGAGGCGCUUUGGCUCCACCCUCACACGCAGGACCUCGUGAAGUUGGAGAGGUCGCUGAGCGGGAAGGUCGUGUCUUGA